AUGUCUGCACUUGUCUCAAGCUGCCUUGGCUCGUGUGUUAGCGACGACUGGACUGGAACGCUGAAAAAUGAAGGCUGGUCAAGGUGUGCUCAGGACUGGGACUACCUGGCUGGCUUUACCAGAGGGGACAGGCCCUACGGUACAGCGUCAGAUCCUCUAACCAGCAUUGAACGCGCCCAAUGUUGUGGCCAAGAAGGAGUUUAUGCAGGGGCCAAAACACAGACCGUGAUAGCUGACUGGUCAAACAUAUUUUUAUCUGGAUAUAAAAGUUGGGCCUUUUGUCCGGAAGGAUAUUUCAUGCAAGGCCUAAGGCGAGCUGACAGCACUUCGGAAGGCAUAAACAAUUUUAAGCACGCACGCUGCACUAAGCCGGCCACUCACCCUCACUACUAUGGACAAUGCUACACGGAAAACGUCUGGAAUUGUUUAGAAGUCCGAGGUUUAUGCUCAUGCAAACCAGGAUUUCAUCUGACUGGGCUCUUUAAGAGUGAAUGCGAUGCUCUUUACUGCUUAGAGGAACUGCGAUGCUGCGCAAUGGCACCAAUUCAAGUUUUGAAGGAAACUUCAAAAAUAAAAUCUCGCAUGAUGGAUAUCACACUAAAGGAACUCGCUAAACUCGGCUACUUUUUCGGCUACGCGUAUCCCGCGGGAUGCAAAGGCCAACUGCCAGGAGACGACUACUGGAAGGAAGGUGAGACAUGGGUGGCCGACGCAAGUUCUCUCUGUUCAGGUAUAAGGACAAACGAGAGGCUCAAAAUUGUAUAUGGACAAUGGUCAUUUGGUAUGACGGAUAUCAAAUAUGGCGAUCCCAUCAUUCAAGAACUGAAGCCCGAAACCGUUGACUCUGGUACAUUCUACAAUGAAGACAUCACAAGUGCCGAACAAACCAUCAGCCGUGAGGCGGUCAGCAUUCGGACUGUCACCCACACCGCUGAAAGCACUUUUAAAAACUCUCAUGAGCUGAAUCUGCAGCUGACCUACAAUUCACCGUCGAUCUCCCUCGGCCCAAUUAACCUCGGUAAAUUACAGUUCUCGGCAGGCUACAAAUUCAACUACGAGAAGUCCACAACGACCACAGACGUCACUGGGAGUCAGCAAUCGUCCACGUUUUCACUGGAAUCGUCAAAGACCCUCGAACCGAACACUGCUGCCAAAUGGAAGUUCGUUUUGGCCAAGCAACGGGUCUCCAUCCCUUACACCGCUACCGUCGUGGCGAAGUUUUCUGUUGAGUUUCAAGGGUGGCUCCAUGGUCUAAACCUCCACUCCGACUACUACCUGAAGCACACGAACCCCGUCAUAAACUACCGCUUUGGCGACGCCAACGUUCCAUUUUACGAGGCGCUGAAGACGCAGAGUGUCCAGAACAGUUUGCCGUGGAUGUGGUACCAGGUGAAGUCCAACUUCCUGGACGCUAAACAGGCCAUCGAUUACCUCAUCGACCAGAACAACUACCUGUUCACCGUCACGGGGAGGUUCGAUGACGUCGUCGGGACCAACGUUGAAUUUAAAUGGGACACGAUCCCCUUGACCAAGCGGGAUGUCUCA